UUUUAUUCCGUUCUUUUGUUUUCCAAACUUUUUAUGAACGGCAGCGGGUUUAGACUUUUUGGCGAGCGCUCUUGACACUGCUUAUUUUUAAAACGCCCACAUGAAUAGCAUAUACACUGUUUAGUUGGGACUCGCUUUCUUUACCAGUUGUUUCCCAAUAUGAUGAGCUUGAUGAAAAUAGUUUUCUUGCUCGUGCUAGUGCAGGUAAUUAGCUGCCUGACCUAUGACGAACUUGCCAAAGACGAGUGUUUCAAGAAAGUUUACCUGUGCGGAGAUUACAGGAUGAGUGUUACAGGUGGAACAGGGCGUCUGGCUACAGAACCACAUAGAUUUUCAGAAAUAUGCAGGAAGCACAAAGAGUUCAUUGCAUGCGUUGAACAGGCUGCAGAUUUCUGCAACGAGAAGUUUACGAACGUCUCUAGAAUGAUUCUUGACAACAGAAGAAGCUUAAAACUUUUUUGUACGGACUUCGAAUGGAAAAGAAAUUACUUUUCUUCUGCAAAGUGUAUCAAUGAAAAUGAGAAGAAAGUCGCAGAAGAAUGCGUAAAAGAAGAGGAGGAAUAUGUAGACGAUCGUCCAUACUGGUGCCUUAUACCUGAACCAUGCGAGGCCCUUGAAAGAGUAUUUUACUGUACCAUUCGGAAAAUGAAACAAAGAUGCGGUUCUGUAGCAGCUGAAGUACAUAGAAGAAUGCACAUUUUAAAAAUAGAGAACAGGGAUAUUGUAUGCGAGAUUCGGCUACGUAAUUCUCUGUACUGCAGAUACCAACGACGCCGACCAUCCCAAUCAGAAACUAUAAAAAGAAUCGGUUCUCUAUCUGUCGCUCUCUCAAAAGCUAUUAACAAUGUCUUUGAAGCAGCCUUGGUUGAUACGAUGGACAAUUUUGCUCUCUUGAUGAAUGAAGAGAAUCUAUCAAAUUUGUUCGAAUCGGAUGAAUAUCAGUUGAGAAAAUAUAUUUUUAAGCAAGAAAUUGAUGAUAAAUUUGGUCCUUUCUUCAAAAAAUGUAAACUGCCAAAAGGUGAACUGUCUCCAAAACCAGAUUUGAGUGCAAGAGGGUUUAGUUUACUGUUUGGAAAUAUUAAGAAAGUUUUAUCAGAGGCUAGUACCGAAAUUUAUAAGUUGGGUUCUAAUUUUUAUGAAAACAUUUUGAAGCCUUGCGAAACGGAGAUCAUAAUGUUAGCUAGCUGUUUAGAUAAUCUUAGCGAAUCGAGACUAAUUAAAACUUUAAAUUUAGAAAUUUCGCAAGAACUUAAUGCUGAGCUAAAAUCUCUGCAGGAUUACAUUCUAGAUCUGUUAGAGCUUCUAAGCUGCAAUGAAGAUUUCUUGGUUAAGAGUAUAAGCGAAGAUGGAGCUUUGAUAUCUUGGGAGAACAUGGAUAGCUUUCCCUUACAGACCUUGUCUUGUGAGUGGAAAGACGAAAAUGCAAAGAAAAUAUUCCAGUGCUCUUUUAAAUUGAAACCUUCAGAUCCAGCUCCCGAAGGCAUGCAGCCUGAGUCUACUGUAGAAUCAGAGAUAGUAAAUGAGUUUCUAAAACCUUUUACGCUUGGAACUUCAUUAUACACAGAAUUCGGAUCUGGCAUAGAAGCAGAUUUUACAUUGGCGUCUGAACAGGGAAUAGCUGCAGAUUUUUCCCCCAAAGAUACUCCAACCUCUGAAGUUGAUUCUCAUGCAAAGGGAGAGCAAUUAGUGCUUCCGAAAUCAUUGGAUCUAAUCAAUGAAAACACGCAACCUGGUGUCACGGAGUCACUUAUAAAAAACGAGAAUGUAAACGAGUCUCAGAAAUCUUUCGUGCUUGAAUCUUCAUUAUUAAUAGAUUCCGGAUCUGGUAUGGUGGAUGAUUUUGUAGAGAUAGCUAAUGAACAAGGAACAUCGCUAGAUUCUUUUACCACCGAUACUUCCACUUCCGAAGUUGAUUACUUUGAUAUACACAGAAGUGGGGAGCUAAUGGAUCUUCCGGAAGAAAUAGUUACAGAGGAAGUUUCGGAAGAAGAGCUUGGCGAUAUUAAAUUAUCUGGUGAAAAUAACCAAAAUGUAAAAGAGCUUCACAAAGGAGAUCACGAACAUUCCUCGGGAGAAACAUAUAUUUUAGUUGAUCCUCCGUAUUCACCCGAUGAGUCUGUAUCAUAUCUUGUAGUAGAUCAAACCUCUAAUACAGAUGAAUCCUACUUAGACUCCCUUGAAAGACCCCCUUCACACGUUACUGCAGAGUCAUCUAGUGUUGAAAUUUAUAAUGAAGAAAGAGAAAAUUUAGAACUCCAGUUGCGUAAAAUAAUUGGGGCAUUGAACGAAAGAUUCGCAGAUGUUGAAGGAAAAAUUUUCGAUUCCAAAAAAGGUACAAAAUCAUAUUCUAAGAAAAGACAAAUAAAAAUUCCACAAUUUUAUCACCCUUACAACAUAAACAAAAGUUUUCAAAGCGAACUUGAACAUUUACUAAAAGAAAAAAUGAAUGAGUACAUUGAAAUGUAUUCAAUUUAUUCACAACCUCCUUCCAAUAUCAAAAGUAAAAGGCCUACAGUACGCACCAAACGAGGAGUGGCGAAUGAAAGGAAAAAUUCCAAAUUGGACAAAAGUUUCGAUGUUGAAUCGUCAAACGAGUCAACUCGAACCAACUCCAAAUUUCUGAAUUUUAAAGCGGAAUUGUAAACUAUAAUUAAGUUAUUUUUUUUAAAGUUUCGUAAAAAUUUGUUAAAAUAAACUGUCGUAACUUUUUAAUUUUAUGUAAUACAAUGCUGUAGUAUCUACAUUUUACACGAAAAAAAAAAUCUGAC